AUGUCGUCAAUGUCGUCUAACGGUCAAAGCGCAAGCAUUCAUAGGCUAGGACAGGCCAACGAACAAACAUGGUUACAGAUGGGCUCUGCUGCCGAGCUGAUGCAAGAAUAUGAUCGGGCUAUGAGCGCUUACGAGUCCGCUUUACGUCAUAAUGCCUAUUCUAUUGCUGCUUUGUCAGGCAUAGCUGCUCUUUGUCGAGGGAGGGAACAGUUUCCAAGGGCCGUUGAUUAUUUUCAAAGGAUAUUAAAUAUUGAUCAAGCAAAUGGAGAGAUUUGGGGUGCAUUAGGUCAUUGCUACUUGAUGAUGGAUGACUUACAGAAAGCUUAUCAUGCUUACCAACAGGCUCUUUAUCAUUUACCUAAUCCCAAAGAGCCAAAGCUCUGGUACGGCAUUGGUAUUUUAUAUGAUCGGUAUGGAUCACUUGAACAUGCUGAGGAAGCUUUUUCCCAAGUGAUGAGGAUGGAACCAAAAUUCGAAAAAGCCAAUGAAAUUUAUUUUAGACUUGGUAUCAUAUAUAAACAACAACAAAAAUACGAUCAGAGCUUAGAGUGUUUUAAAUAUAUUCUUCAUAAUCCACCGAGACCUUUAACUGAAGUUGAUAUAUGGUUUCAAAUUGGUCAUGUGUAUGAACAACAAAAAAAUUUUGGUGCUGCUAAAGAAGCUUAUGAGCGUGUCUUGGCUGAUAAUCCAAAUCACGCCAAGGUACUUCAGCAAUUGGGAUGGCUUUAUCAUCAACAAAGCGCAAGUUUCAGCAAUCAAGACUUGGCUAUAUCAUACCUAACAAAAUCACUAGAAUCUGAUGGUAAUGAUGCGCAGUCGUGGUAUCUUCUUGGACGUUGUUAUAUGGCUCAACAAAAAUAUAAUAAGGCUUACGAAGCAUAUCAACAAGCUGUCUAUCGUGAUGGGCGGAAUCCAACAUUUUGGUGUUCAAUUGGUGUUCUUUAUUAUCAAAUUAAUCAGUUCCGCGAUGCCUUGGAUGCUUAUAGUAGAGCAAUUCGGUUGAAUCCAUUUAUUAGCGAAGUGUGGUACGAUUUGGGCACACUUUACGAAUCUUGUAAUAAUCAAAUCAAUGACGCGUUAGAUGCCUAUCAUCGUGCUGCUGAAUUGGAUCCCGCGAACCCUCAUAUAAAACAAAGGUUACAAAUGUUAAGAACUCAACAAGCUCAAGGAGGACAAACCACCGCGCCAAUCCCUCAGGAUGUUAAUCCUCAAGCUUAUCAACAAUCGAAUGGACCACCAAUGCUUGGUAACCCUCCAACUUUUGCACAACCAACCCCUGGUCCACAAGGACCUCCCGGUAUGCCAACGUAUGGAAGUAGACAAGAAAAUAAGCAAACCCAUCCACCUAUUUCAUUAUCAUCAAUUCAUGCUCAUGGAGAUAAUCUUCGUGACUUACCUCCAAUGUCAAGAGGAGACUUACCUCAAAUGCAAAGAGGUGAUUUACCUCCCAUGUCAGCACCCAUGUCAAUUUCAAGGAGGAGUCCGGUUCCCUCUGGAUCAUAUGCACCCCAACCACCAUCUCAUCUCCGCGAACCGAGACCACCUACACCUCCAAAUAAUCAACACCAACUUAACAGUUCAGUCAUGUCUCCACACGAUCAAAGACCCUUAACGCCUCACCAAUCACAACAAUCACAAACACCUUUACGUUCAGAUAAACGUUCGUCACCGCCUCCGACGCUUCCUCAAAUUCAAGAUGAUAAUCGACGCGCGAGAUUUUCUCCUCAAUUACCUGAACCCCAUUCGCAAUUACGUCCACCUUAUCCUUCUUCACCAAGGAUUAAUGAACACGGUAGCUCACAACAUCCAAGUUAUCAUCAACCUCCUCAUCAUGAAAUUUCUAGUCAUUCUCCUCCGAUCGUUGAUCGUCGUGAUUCUGACAUAUAUGAUCAUAACAAGAUGCACAUUGAUUAUCGAGAACCUCCAUCCAAACCUGAAGAAACUCCAGUUACCUCUAGUCUUGAUCAUGGUUCAAGAGUUUCAAUUUUAAAUAAUCAUUCUCAAAUUGUUGAACAGCACGAUCAUAGAAUGCACGUUGAUAAUGUCUCUGAUGAUAAAAUUCCACCAACAUUCACCCCCUAUCGUCAAGAUGAUCAUUCUAUACGUCGAUCACCUCCUAUUCAUUUACCAGAGAUUAAUAAACAACGUCCAUCCACAGUUAACUUGGAAUCUCCUGUUAGGGAAAGUGCGUAUGGAAAUGACAAUCACAGUCCAGUCUCGAGUAUUGCUAAUGAGGAGCGUAAAUCUUCCAUCGAUCAACAUUCUAAUCGAGAACUUCCUAAACCAAACACAUAUCAAGAGGAACCUCAGCAACAGCAGCAAAGUUCACAUUCUCCACCAAGAUCACCAACUUUGCCACGCAUCAUAGAUAACCAUCCAUCGAACAGUCCACCUAGUACUCAUGAAGAUAAACCAAUAUUACCAGCAAUAAGGACGUCUGUUGAUAGAGGUGGACCAUCAAAUCCAUCUACACGCCAUAUCGAUGAAGAUUACGAUGAUACAACAGCAGCAGAUGCAUCGGUUGAAGGUGGUGCAUCAUCAUCUACUUCAGGACAAAAAAGAUCUUACUCAUCACCAAAAUCUGGAGAAAAUGAGAUAGAUGAACGUAACCGCGAAGAUUUAAACAAACGAAACAAGACCUCAUCACCUACACCUGGAAGGGAAGACGCACUUUCACCUAGAUCAACACAUUCAGAACGCGAACAACGUGAAAGAGAUCAAAUAAGAGAAAGGCGAAAAUCAGAGCAAAGUGCUAGCGGAAGUGUGGCGCAAUCGCCUACGGAAUUAGAUUAA